GCUAAACUGGAUACAUCGCGCUUUACCGUCGACUUGAAAGAGCUUAAUGAACUUCUUGUCAAAGCUCAAGAGGAAACAGGCGUGAAUUUUCUCAAGACGUGUGAGGGGUUUUUCCUAUCAGGGACGUUAGAACAAAUAGAAAAGACAUGCUUGUUUUUGUCAAGAUAUGUUAAAAGUGCUACUCCUGUGACAGAGAGUUCAGACAAUCUACAGAAUGUUCACCGCAAUGACCAUCCCCUUGGUGAUUCGGAUGAUGAGGAAAACGAUCUCAAGACGUUGGUUUUAGACGUUGAACCCAAGCUGCUGCAAAUUCUUCAAAUAAAAGUGAAUGAAAUUGAGAAAAAAUUCAAAAUGAAGAUAGACUGGAAGAGUGAACCAUAUAAAGCAAAUUUGAGUCCCAAUGGAAAAGAUGCCCGGUUAUUUGAACAAGGUAAAGAAGAGUUUAUCACACUUUACCAGAAAGAGUUCCCAGAUUUACAAGAAAAGGACUUUCCAUUAGAUGCUGGCAAGAACAUUGAAGAUAUAGAUUCUACUGUAAAAGCACUGAUGGAAGAAUUUGCUGUGGUCAUUGAAAGAAAAGACGACAAAAAUGUUCAUAUAUUUGGGAAAGAAAAUGAUGUGGCACAAGUAAUGCAGCAGUUGCAAGGCAAAUUUGGAAAACGCAGAGGAAGAAAGCCCUAUAAAGCAUCAAGUAAUGGUGAAUUGCCGAUGGCCGACACCUAUGCACAUGCAAGAACCUUAGAAACCGAAAGACAGGCGCACCAAACAACAAACCAGAGAAAAGAUGCAUUGCAAAGGACCUUAGAAACCGAAAGACAGGCGCAUCAAGAAACAAGCCAGAGAAAAGAAGAGAUUGAAGUAUCUUUAGAAGAAGAAAGGCAAAGAAUCGAUGAACUCCUUGCAACACAAGCCACAUUGCAACGAUCUGUCGAAGACUACCGAGCUUCGACGGAAUCUUGCGAUUGGGUACUUGCACGCGAUGAAAUAAUGAUGACCGAAAACCUCAUUGGAAAAGGAGCAUGGGGUAGUGUAACAGAGGGAAAAUUCCGUGGAUGUGAAGUUGCAGUGAAACAAAUUCAUCAGCUUAUUCUCUCAGAUCACAACAGAAGACUUUUCGAGCGUGAAAUUGGUAUAGCUUCAAGAUGUCGUCAUCCUUGUCUUCUUCAGUUUAUUGGAGCAACCAACGAUAAUCAAAGUCCACUUUUUGUUACGGAACUUUUGGAUUCUAGCCUAAGAGCACUUUUGCAUGAACGUGCAUUGAAUCCUACUGAGAUCAUUACCAUUGCUCUAGAUGUUGCCAAAGGGUUAAACUACUUACAUCUCAUUAGACCCACACCUAUCAUCCAUCGAGACAUCAGCAGUGCAAACGUGUUACUUUGGAAACACAAUACUUACUGGCGAGCAAAAGUAUCAGAUUUU